UAGAGGCAACGUUUUAAGUUAUGGGUAUACGCACUAUCUUCUACUGAUAUUAUAUAUACGGUAUACAUACACAUACAUACAUACAUACAUAGUAGCAGCACAAUGGAUAUAAUCACCAAGCCAACUGUCAUUUCUCAGACUCCAGAAUUUCAAAAAGAAAAUAUUCACAUCAAAGAUCCUGAUAAAGUGGAAGAAAUCGUUACCGCUUUCAUAAAUGGUGGUCACAUCAAAUUCCAGGUUGUGUCAGAUUUUGAUAGGACAAUAACACGGCAUCAUUUCAAUGGAAAAGAAGUUCCUACAACCCAUGGUGAAUGUAUUUUUAAUAUAUUUUUAUUAAAUAACGUUGAGCAUUGGUGGUCAGAGUUAUAUGGCAUGAUUAUCGAAACUGGAAUGCAUAAAGAGGACAUAUCGAAAAUGGUUGAACAAUCCGAUAUUGUGCUUAGGGAAGGAUGCGACUUGUUAUUUAAGGUUCUGGAGGACAACAAUGUACCACUGACUGUGUGUACAGCCGGCAUAACAGACAUUUUGAAUGCAGUAAUGACCUAUCAAGCUACUCUGUAUGACAAUAUAUCAGUUAUGGGCAAUAAAAUGGAUUUUGAUGCAAAUGGAAAAAUUGUAGGCAUAAGUUGUAAUGGAACAGUAAUUAACCACUAUAACAAGGGAGAGAUAACUAGGAUUAAUCGGGAUUAUUUUGAACAACACAUGGAACGCACCAACGUUCUCCUGAUGGGUGACUCCAUCGGUGACCUGGAUAUGGCCGACGGGUUAAUACAUGCAGAUGUCCUCAAAAUUGGCUUUCUGAACAGUCAUGUUGAACAAAACCUUGAAGUUUACAAAAGCAAGUUUGAUAUAGUUGUUGUUGAUGAUAGCACCAUGGAUGUCCCUAAUGCCGUCGUCAACAAGAUCAUGUUAUCAAGUCAAGAAACUUGAGCAAUAUCAUUGUCAUUAUUAUUAUUAUUAUUAUUAUUACUACUACUAGUAGUAGUAUUAGCCUAUUAUUAAACAAAACUUUAUUAAAACUAGCAAUGGGAUAAAAACCAAACUGAACCAUAUAAUAUCACAUUUCAGUAUCUUAAAAGACCUGGCCUGGGAUUUAUGGAUUUAAGACGAAGUUAAGCUGAUCUUUUUUUUUGUUAAAUAAGUUUUAUAAAUCCAUCCCCUGGGUGGUAGCCGUUAUAAACCCGAAAAUGUAAUUUUUAAAAUUAUUGUGUAUAUAGUUAUAUAGUUAAAAAUUGAUUAAUCUAACGAAAUAUUCCAUAGGGUUCUAUCAGGUUAGUGGGUGACUUUUAUUAUUAGGCGUUUAUUGUGCGUUUCUAUCAGAGCAUGAGUUACAAACCUAUAGCAGAAGGAGUAAAUUAGAAAUUGUACUGCAUCAUAAAUACUCAUUUUUACCAUGUACAAUAAGAGUCUUUAACGAACACUUCAGUAGAUAAUCUCAUGAUCAAGCCUAUCUACUGUAUUACAUUCCAUGCCAUAUUCCUCUCCUGACCUCACAAUAUAGUUCAACCUUGUUAAUUCCGUGUGUAAUAUAUUUUUAUAUCUUUAUAUUCAUAUUUAAUAUUAUAUCUGUUAACUGUUGUCUUGUAUUUUAUAAGUGUUAUAGUAUUCGAUUUCCACUGUUUGUUAUCAACUCAAAGAAAUAAAUCUCGUAUAUAUGUACUAUGUAUGACGAUAAUAAAUCUUGAAUCUUGAAUCUUGAAUCUCUAAACAACACCAAACUCUUUGUUUUGUUUUAAUUUGUUGUUACAUAAAAGUGACACACCGUAUUCGAAGUUGACAAUAACUAUCACAUAGCGUAGGACAGCAAAAUGAUUUAUAACAUACCAUGUUAUAAGUAUUCGCACAUAAAGUAAAAUUUUGUUGGCAAUUCAUUUUUAUCCUCUUAUACUUUAAAGUUUUCAAUUAACUUAACAUCUAAGUCUUAACGUUUCAAUAUAGUUUAAUUGUUCCAUGUAGUAUUAAUGCAUGGACCUAUUAAUAGGUUUAUGAUUAAUGGUUAACUUCUAUAAAUGUGUUUAGUCUGUAUAGGGGACUAUUUAUAUGGGCUCAUGCCCGCUCAGCAACCAUUGCUUGUUUUGUUAUUGUUUGUUCCAUUUACUUGAUUGAAUUGUGUAUGUAAUCCAUGUUGAAAGUGAAAUAAAUUUGAUUGAUUGAUUGA